GGACUCAAACUAGCAUGCUAGCACACUUUAGGUCACCUCCUCUUUGAGUCUGAAUUCUGCAGAAGUACUGUACACAGAUAGUGUUUAAUUUUUUGGUGAUAGAUUGUGAGUGUUCUUGGAAACCCUUGGCAGAAAACCUCAUCUAUACAGGAACGUGUGCAAUAGGAAUGCACUUCGGUCCAGUGGUCCUUGUCCUUCUCUUGAGGAGGUUGGGCCUUUCAUCUGAAUGUGGAGUCUUUGCAGCAUGGAGGGUUUCCCUAUCAGCGAGUCAAGCAAAUGAAAUGCUGUUCCCACACUGUCCCCGGUGCUGAAGAUGGCUCAGGUGGCGCUGUCGGCCGACGUCCUCUCGGAGGGCGAGGUGACUUGCUCCAUCUGCCUGGACCUGCUGUGCGACCCGGUCACCACGCCCUGCGGGCACAACUUCUGCCAGGGCUGCAUCGGCGGCUACUGGGCCUCCAUCGAGGUGUGCACGUGCCCGCUCUGCAAGCGCGUCUUCGACGAGCGGCCGAAGCUCAGCAUCAACCGCGUGCUGGCCGCCAUCACCAACCACUACAAGGUGGCCCAGUACGACGCCGAGGACAUGGCCACUGGCCCGGCCAGCCUGGCAAUGAUGCCCGUGCCCAAACCCCGCUCCAAAGCCGGCGCCUUCGGGGCCGAGACGAUCCCAGAGGACGAGGACCUGGACGUGGCGAAGGGGAAGGCGGUCCUGUGCGACGUGUGCUCGGGCCGGAAGCAGCGGGCGGUCAGCACCUGCAUGACUUGCAUGGCGUCGUACUGCCAGGAGCACGUUCGGCCGCACCACGAGACGUCGUUCUACCGCAGCCACCAGCUGCGCGACCCCGGCGAGGCCAUGCGCGGCCGAAUGUGCCCCACGCACGGCCGGCUGCUGGACGUCUACUGCCGCACUGACCAGGCCUGCAUCUGCUCCAUCUGCGUGCUGGAGACGCACCGCACACACAAUACCGUGUCCGUGCAGACCGAGAGGGUCAUCAAACAGAAACUGCUGAGUAAGACGGAACUGGACAUUCAGACCAGCAUCGAGAGGAAGAGUCUCAGCCUGGCGGACUUGAGGGGGAGGAUACACACAGUGAAGAACUAUGCCAGGGCGGAGCAGGCUCAGCUGGAACACCUGCUGGGGGACGUGAUCUGCUCGGUGGACCGGAUUCGCCGGGAGCUCGUAGGUGGGAUGCAGGAGAAGCAGAUGUCUGUGACUGGUCGGGCAGAGGAAAUAGCGGCGCGGCAGGAGGCAGAGCUAAGCAGGAUGCAGGAAGUGAGGGCAAAACUUGAGGAACAGGCCACCUCUGAUGACCACAUCGGCUUCCUGCAGAGCUUUGAGGAGGUGAGCGCUCCCCUGGAUGCCGAGCUGAAUCAGCGACGGGAUGAACCCGAGGUGGACCUGGAGCUGCGCUUCUCUCUGGACGACGUCAAGACCGCGCUCAGGGACGUCCACGAGAGGCUGGAGGAUAUCCGUGGGGGAGAGGUGCGCUACCGACACUCGGUCCCAAUGCUGCAAGACAGUGAGAGCAUGAUCAGCAUCAGAUCAACGGGGUCAAUGGGAAGGAGAGACUGGUCACUGAAAGACAUGCGCAGAAUAAAGCCUGGCUCAGCACACAAGAAGGUGAAAGGAUAUAUGGAGGACGUGACUCUGAACCCGGUGACCGCGUACCCUUUCCUGAUCCUGUCCGAAGAUCGUAAGCAGGUCAAGCGCGGCGAAAAGCUGCAGUUCUACCGAAACAGCACCCAGCGCUUCGACGUCUGGUCCUGCGUGCUCGCCAAGGAGGGCUUCGAGUCGGGAAGGCACUACUGGGAGGUGACCGUGGGUGAGAAUAAGGACUGGAAGCUGGGUGUGGCCCUGGAGUCUGCCCACAGGAAGGGCCUGUUCGACAUGGGCCCGUCGGCCGGCUACUACGCCCUCUGGUGGGGCGGCGCGCACCUGCGCCCUCUGACCCCGCCGCCGCUGGGCAAGGUGAAGGUGACGGGGCGCCUGCGCCGCAUCGGGGUCUUCCUGGACUGCGAGGAGGGCCACGUCAUCUUCUACAACGCCAAGUCCGGCAGCGAGCUGUACUCGUUCACCGCGCCGCGCUUCACUGAGAGGGUGAUGCCGCUGUUUGGGACCGGGGACAAGGAGGUCCCUCUGGUGCUGAGCAGCGUACUGGAUGGACACCAUUGAAGAAGGGAUGAAAGGUGGAUGGGCUGGCUUGAAGGAGGGAGGGAGAGCGAGAGAGAGAAUGAAAGGGGGACAGUAAGAAAGAGUGAAUGGCAGAGAGAAACAGAGUGAGAGAAUGGAAUAGAAAUAGAGUUAAUGUGGGAGAGAGAGAGUGGAAAGAGGACUGUGGGCGGUUGAAGGACAAAUUUAUCAUUAUUGUUGGAGAGACUUUGGUGACCCAGUGAACAGGACAACUUCACUCAGCAUCUGUGUUAUUUUGACAGUGGGGGGUGAACAAAUGAAUGAGUGUGAGUAUUUCUGGCACUGAAUGACUGUGAGAGUGAAUGUGACUAUCUCUGGGACUGUGAAUGUGAGUGUGUGGGAGUGGCGGAAUUUGAGUUUUUAUAUCUUGUGUGUAGGAUGGUGCAAGGGCACGCAGACAGGAGCAGAGAGAGAGAGAGAGAGAGAGGUACUGCACACACAGUAGAAUGAGUAAGCAUAUUUAGAGAGGGAGAGAGAGAGAGAAAAAAAAGCCAUUUGUGGCGGAUGAUGUGGGUGUGUUAGUCGAUAAAAAGAAACAGCUUGCUGGCCAUGGCACUUUGACAGUCAGUCAAGGUGAGCAGAUACAUGAGAUUUUAAGAUUUACAGAGAAAUUACCUUUUGGUUUAGCAACUCUCACAACACACACAUACACACACACACACACACACACACACACACACGAAAAGAACAAACUAAUAUGGGUCUAGGAUGAGUACAGGCUUGAUGCACAUUUCUUUUCGGAGCCCUGAGGAGAAGGGCAGGUGAGCAAAUGCACGUUUGCUAUAAAAGACCGUUUGUCUCGUCACAGUUCCCCCCCCCCCAGAGUUUUCCUGUUCGUCGCCUCAUGUAUUUAUAGGGUAAAGGGGUUUGGUGUAGUUUCUGAGUAUGUUUAGAAUAGUGAAGAAUAGAAAUACAGUCAGCCUUGUUACUGUUUCUUUGUUCCUUAUCAGUGAUGAGUUGCUAAAACUAUGCCUAUAAGAGCCAUUUUAUUUAUUUUUCUUUUAGACCAAAUAAAAAUUCAUAAUUUGUAUAAUCUUAUAAUAAAUGUUCAUGUUUUGUCAUACUUGUGAAUUGUAUAUUUUCAAAGCAAUAAACAUUGCCUCUUUGAAACAAUA